CAUGGUUAAUUUCAAAUCAGUCUGCUUCAACAAUCCAUUUUCAUCAGUCAACUUAAAAGUAUUUAAAAAAGAUGACGAACGUUGUGUCAGUUUCGGCUACAGAAAAUUCAUCGGCUGUACAAUUGAAAAAUAUUAAGAAAAAUACGAUGACACCCAUUGAGAUAUCUAUUCAGCAAUUGCCGAACCUCGCAUCAAAUUGGUCAACAUUUUUAAGAGAUAUUACCAAUGACCGGAAGCUACGAGCCGAGCGUAUAAGUCGCCAGUCGGAAGAUGUCAUCCAAUUUAUAAACAGAUUUCCCCUUUUGGAAUCUUAAAAAUUUUAGAAUAUACUGCCAAUCGUGAAAAUUAUAUUAUAUAUAA